AGCAAUAUUUGCGAUAGUUGACAGCAGGCAAGCGGACACUAGAGGUUGGACUGAGUGCCAAUAUCUGCUCCGAGAGAAAAUAUCUAGAGAGGGAAAAAAAUUUAAUAAAUGAGUCAGUAGCGUAGUUCAGAGAAUGUUGUUAGGUCUAUAUUUUUGAAAUGCGUUAAGAAUACAUUUGCUAUUAAAUAUCCCAAACGAGCUUCAGAGGACUGUGUAGAGACUACACUGGAUGGUUGGCUGAGCGGUGGAGGAACAUUUAAAUCCAAGUAUCUCCUUUGACCUUUACCCUUAACAUCUUAGGUUGUCUCUGAUCUGGUGGGAUGUCAGAGGGCGGCGCAGGUGCCUGCCCCCAGGUGUUUGUGGUGGACAGUCAGGCCAGCUACAUUAAAAUGCCCCCUGAAAGGAAACCAAGGUGGGGGAGUCAGCUCCAAAAGUUUCUUCUCUUGCUGGUGGGACUGGCCAUGUUGGGAAUAAUCGUCGAGGGAUUUUUAAUCUACAAACUUUACCAAAGGACAGAGGCUUCUUCUUCUAACCAUGAGCAUGACCUUAAGAACCGGACAAACCCCAAGCCAGAAAGUCUGGUGGGAGGUAGGAAGAUGAGCAGAGAUGAGAGGAGACCCUUUGCUCACCUGCUGGGCUCCAAUAAGCCGGGGACGAACGAUAUAGUGCAAUGGGCAAAAGAGGGUGACGCAGUCACCCAAGACAUGACGUAUAAAGAAGGCCGACUGACAGUAGAAAAGGAGGGCUACUACUAUAUCUACUCCAAAGUGAUUAUGAAUGCAGCAGAAGAGUGUUCACUUAGCCAGCACAAAGUCCUGAAGGAGACCAAAGCCUAUGAUAAGCCUAUAGAACUUAUGCAAUCAAAAAGUAUUCAUUGCUCAACCUCAAAACCUCAUUUGAAGCCUCCAGAGGCUUCAGAAGAUUUGUGGAACAGUUACCUGGCUGGGAUUUUCCAGCUGCAAGUUGGAGAUGAAAUUUAUGUGACACUGAAGAAUAUAACGAAGAUUCAUGGAGGGUCUACUCUUAACUUUAUGGGGGCCUUUAUGGUAUAUCCCUAAAGACACGUGUGUGCCAGUUUAUCUUAUUCUAUUUACUCAAUGUUAAUUUUACACCAUCUGUUUGGAUGAUUUCUAUGUAUAAUAUAUGCACAAAAUAGAUAAUAUAUGCUGUACCCGGUGUAUGUAUUUGGAUCACCAAUGAAGAAAUAACAUUUUGUUGUUUUAUAAAAAAGUAUCUGAUAUUCAGGUUAUAUAAUGCUAUUUUUGCAAUGUGGUUUCUUGUUUAAAAUAAAUAAUG